AUGCAAAUCUGCGAGGAGGUUGGCCCAGUCGUCUCGUUCAGGUAAGACAGUCUUAAAAAAACCCUAGGGAUUUUCCACCUCCGAUGCCUGCUCUUAUUGUUUGAUAUUUCUCAGCUUCAAGUUUUCGUGGGGGGUGUGCUUCUAUAGUGUAUCAGGAGUGUAGGGAUUGGUGAAGUUUUCAGCGAAUGAAAAGGAGGCGAAGUUAUUGGGGGCAAAAUGAGUCUUCGGAGAGGAUCUCUUCGCAAAUGACAAAUUAGCAGGAAAUGGUACAGGAAUGGGCUUCCGUCUGUAAAAAUUAGAUUCUCAAAUCUCCUCGAAUACAAAUGAUUCCUACCAUGAACUGCACGGCAGAUUUAGUAACUACGCGUAUCAGGUGUGAGUUGGAAGUUUGGUAUUGGGGUGAUUGGGUCUUUAAAGAUGAAAUCCCAGAAGUUGGCAGAUUAUCAGGGAACGAUGUAUAUUACAGAUAUGAUUUAGUGGCAUGAUAAACUGUGCAGUAUAUUUAGGAACGAUGUAGAGCGGCUGCAAGUCAUAAAGAGGCCGGAUCUUAGUCGUUGUUCCGUUGGUUACAGAUACAAGUAUUUUGUUUUGAACACCAAGUCCUCAGCGCAAGAAUUCCUGAAAAUAUUACAGGAAAGUUAGUCACGUGAAAUUAUAAGCCUACGAUUUUAUUUAACAGAAACUCGGUAAUACCAUGGGAUAUCUGACUAGAAGCGUCCAUCCCACGAAUCCACACUAUAAUUCCUAGUCUAAAAAAACUGCUACUGGGCCUCUGCCAGGGAAAACCAAGAAGGUCAGUAUGGGAAGGUGGGAAAUGAGACCCAUCUCCGUCUCCUGCAUGUAUCAUUUGAUAUCCUACAGAAGGAAGUUAUUGUCUUUUGGGAAAUUACAGCAUGUUAACACGGUCAUGGAGGCAAGGAUAUAGACCCAGGCUGAGCUUGUGGAUGCUUGGAUACGGCCCACCUGUUGUGAGCAUGGCCUGAGUUUACCAUGUAGCUGGAAGAAGUCACAGACUGCCAUCACGGAGAGGAGGGAGUAUGGACCUUUGAAAAACUUGGAACGGUGGUGGGACGUGCCUCGUGGAGGGGUGGGUAAUUGAGUACGAUUAGGCCUGGUGAUGCCAGAGUUCAGCCUUUAUCUUUCCUGGGCCUCGUCAAUCUUUGUGAAAUUCAGUUCUCCUCUGCAUUUGGUCCCAAGUCUGAGCAGAAGAGUGUCGAGCCUGGCUGGCCUCCUGGUUGGCCUGGGCUAAUUACAACCUUAUAUUCAUUUCAGCAUGACACUAUUGAUGCGUUGGUUGCUUUUUCGAAGAUUCUUUUGAUAUGGAAUAACUAAUUGAUAGAAAACGCAUCUUUUUUAUAAUAUCUUCUUCUUGCAUAUAUUUCUGGCUAUAACGUCCCCUUUAUCACCAUCAGGGUGUCACUAUAGCAUCAGACUUUUCUUUCAUAUAUUGAAAAUCUUCAAAUAAUUUGCUGUCAAUCAAAUAAAUAGCUAAUAUAUAUGAGCCAACAUAUAUUGCAGGCUAGUGCUCGACAGGGAAACAGGAAAGCCCAAAGGUUAUGGAUUUUGUGAAUACAAGGAUGAAGAGACAGCUUUGAGUGCUCGUCGCAAUCUACAUGGUUAUGAAAUAAAUGGCCGUCAAUUACGAGUUGAUUUCGCCGAGAAUGAUAAAAGUACUGACCGAGGCAGAGAGCAGGUAUAA